GCCGCGCGGGGCGGGGCCGGUGCUGUCCCCGCCCCGUGUGACGCCGUGCCGGAAGCGGGCGCGGCGGGAGCCGCCGCCGGGGCCGCCAUGGAGUUCCCGGACCUGGGCGCGCACUGCUCCCGGCCCGCCUGCCAGCGCCUGGACUUCCUCCCCCUGAAGUGCGAUGCCUGCGAGCAGAUCUUCUGCACCGACCACAUCGCCUACGCCCAGCAUGACUGCACCUCUGCCUACAAGAAGGAUGUGCAGGUCCCUGUGUGUCCCCUCUGCAACACCCCGGUCCCUGUGAGGCGGGGAGAGAUGCCCGAUGUCGUGGUGGGUGAGCACAUUGACCGUGACUGCAAGUCGGACCCCGCACAGCGCAAGCGCAAGAUCUUCACCAACAAGUGUUUGAAGCCUGGCUGCAAGCAGAAGGAGAUGAUGAAGGUGAUCUGCAACCAGUGCCACAAGAACUACUGCCUCAAGCACCGGCACCCCCUGGACCACGACUGCAGUGGAGCAGGGCAUCCCCUCUCCAAAGCAGGGCAUGCUGCAGUGGCCAGAGCCCAGGCAUCCUCCUCCAAAACAGUCACCACGAUGAGCAGUGGAGCAGCCCGGCCAACAGACAGCCCCUCUUCUCCUGCCCUUGCCAGAGGAGGCAGAGCAGCUGCACCACAGACUCGAAGCAUUUCUCCUCCAGCUGUCAUGCUGCAGAAUGGACUGAGUGAGGAAGAGGCACUGCAGCGAGCUCUGGAGAUGUCCCUGGCAGAGUCAGCAUGCAGCUCAGUGCAGCCACCCAGCAGCACACAGGAGGAGGAGGAUCUGGCACUGGCCCAAGCGCUGUCAGCGAGCGAAGCAGAGUACCAGCAGUCACAGCGGCAGGCACACGGUUCAAAGCCAUCAAACUGCAGCAUGUCAUAGGCAGGCGAGGCAGGGUGUGCCAGCGGACAUGGGAUUCCACUCGUGACCGAAGGAGCAGCUCUGGCCUCCCAUGUGGAUGCCAUGGGGUUCUUGCCUGGACACUGACAACAAGAGUCUCUCACCAGGGACAGUUCAUCUCCCUGGAGGCUGUAAGCAAGCCACCAAACACAUGCUGACACCUCACCCUAGUACCUGUAUAAAAUCGGUGCAGCAAAUUGCUGAUGCUCCUGAAGAGGUGAAGACUGUUGGACGAGGCCAAGCACACAGUGACCAAAGCAAGCAGCAGCCCACGGCGUGCACUUAGCGACAGCUGCCAUGGUCACGUCCCAGCACUGCUGGGACUGUGGGGUGAGGGCAGAGCCAGCCUGGAGGGAAAUGCGGCGUAGGGACAUCUCUGCAUGCUCAUAUGUGCAGCCGGGCUGUGGCUGCCUGCUGCAGUAGUGGGAGGCUGGAUUUUCAUGCUCUGGGGGGGGGCCAUGCCAGCCCCUCAGCAAUGAGCAGCUGGGGCUGGGAUGGUCUCACACGGACAUGGCACGUCUGAAUGUGUGGCUUCCUGGCAAUGUGAAGGCAGCCCCUUCCCCACUCCCCAUGCCCUCAGUGCCUCCCCCGCUGUUUGCAUGCUUAAGAGCACGUUGGGCCUUAGGCUGGUGCCCAGGACCAUUCUGAAAGCUGAGUGGAAACAUCGUUUUCCUUUCUGGUUUAAUUUAACAAGGGCCAUUAACUGAGAAGUAACCUUAGCAGUGACUCGAUUAUAACUGUGUCACUUGCACAGGGGGACUGCAGCUGCCUGUUCUCUGCUGGCCUAAACUCCCAGGGCCCCGUUUUAAUGCUGCUGGGUCAGGAAUGCCUCCCUCCUUCCAGCCAUACAGUAGGGGAACCCCUCCUGGGUAGCAGCAGCACAGAACCCCUUCGGGCAAACACAGCCCUGAGCCUGCAGCCAGCCCUUCCUUGCUGGUGGUCAGAGGCAGGAGCUGUUGCCUGGGUGGGGGUAGACUUGUCCUGCUGGCUUCUGGUAAGGGGGGUCUGCAGCCACGCGGAGCAGUGCUGCUUUCCCAUCUGCUGUCUUGUGCUUCCCUGCGGGGCUGUGCUGUCCUGCUCUGAGCAGCACAGGGCUGAGGGGGUUACCUGCUGGCAGUGCCUCCCUGGGGCUGGAGUUGGGUUCAGGCUGGGCUGAGGGAAUGCCAAGACUUGUCAAAGUGCUGCUUGGGAGAAAAUAAAAGCAUAGCACAAGAUGCA